CACAUUUCCGAUCUUGUGCGUGUUUAUACAAAAAUAAGUUCACUUAUAUGUUGUGAUUGUGUGUGUAAAAGUGACACCGUGGUUCGUUCACUACCUGCUAGGUAGGUGUGAUAGAAGAAGGAAAAAGGAAACAAAAUAGAAACAAACUCCUAUUGGUCGUCCUGUAUGUAAGACCAUCGAAGUAUACGCAUUGAGGAUCGUAAAAUCGGCGUGUCGCUAAAGUGAACUUCACUUCUGACGAGGUGAAAUACGAGUGUGUAUGUCUGUCUGUUUGUCUGUAUCUUUAAUGAGGUGAGACGGGACGAGGUGAAGCUUAGUUAUAGGUGAGGUGAGGUAAGGUGAGCAGCGAGAGCGAGCCGCAGCUAAAGAGAGUGAAGAGUGAAGAGAGUGAAGUGACCGAGCGCUACUUGGGCAUCGCAGUGAGAGGACGCACCGUCGUUUAUGUUGAAUUUGUAAGACGCAACUUAUGUACCACGUAGGUUUUUUUUGAUAAUCAGUGAAGGAAAAAAGUUAAAGGAAAGGAAACAAAAGGGAAGAAAAAAGGCAAAGUGAGCUGCAUUAUAGGGGGGAGAAAGAAUAUAGUGGGAAGUCUACGAACGAUGACGACGCGCGUUCGUUCCGCGGUCAUGCGUCCACAAUUGGCCGAGCCAUGAUGCGAAGUACUCUAUCUAGUAUAGGCUGCUGGCCGCGGCAGUGGUACGACGUGUUCGUAACGUGUGUGUGACCCGAUAGAAAAUACAAUAAUUCUCUGUUUCUGAUAGUUACGUUUCUUCCAUUGAAACAAGUGUGUUAAAAAGUAGAAACAUAUACCUUCGAAAAUCUAAGAACCACGAGUAUAGGUAUAGUAAUUAGAAGCAUAUAUUAAGUUGUACUUUCUGCCAGUUCGUGCGGGACUUGCCACGGUGUCGGACAUUGCUAUCUGUGGAACGAAAACGGUGGUUCUGUUUACAUUGGAAAAAUUGACAGUCUUCGAGGAUGUACUCGAAGGGGAAGGGGACUACGGUACCCUCAGAUUCUCAAGCAAGAGAAAAGUUAGCCCUGUAUGUGUACGAGUACUUAUUACAUGUUGGUGCACAAAAGGCGGCGCAAACAUUUUUGUCAGAGAUACGGUGGGAAAAAAAUAUCACUCUUGGUGAACCGCCUGGAUUUUUGCAUUCUUGGUGGUGCGUAUUUUGGGACCUAUAUUCAGCAGCACCAGAACGACGGGAUUCCUGUGAACACAGCAAUGAAGCCAAAGCUUUUCAUGAUUAUGGUUUUGUGAAUAGCGGUUAUGGUGUUAAUGGCAUUGCCCAUAAUGCUGGUCCAGCGCCUUCACCUAUAGGGCAAAUGCCACCCAAUGAUGGUAUGCCUGGUGGUCCAAUGCCUCCUGCUUUCUUUCCAAACAACUCGACAAUGCGACCAUCUCCGCCCACACACCCCUCAUCACAGCCAUCCCCCCAGCACCCCCAGCCACCCCCGCCUCCACACUCGCAGAUGAUGUCCACUCAGUUCAUGGGGCCUCGAUAUCCUGCUGGACCAAGGCCUGGAGUACGUAUGCCACAAAUGGGAAAUGAUUUUAAUGGGCCACCUGGACAACCGAUGAUGCCAAAUAGUAUGGACCCAACUAGGCAAGGCGAAGCUGGAGAAUUUGUAGGGUGGCAAGCUCCUCCAGGCAUGAAUCCUAUGAAUCCAAGGAUGAAUCCUCCACGAGGACCAGGAAUGGGUCCAAUGGGACCGGGAAGUUAUGGACCUGGAAUGAGAGGACCACCACCUAAUAGUAGUUUGGGACCUGGAGGUCCAGGAGGCCCUGGUAUGCCACCAAUGAGUAUGGCUGGACCAGGGGGUAGACAACAAUGGCAACCUAAUACAUCCACGCCAAUGAAUUAUUCAUCAUCAUCACCUGGUAAUUACGGAGGUCCACCUGGUUCAACAGGUCCUCCAGGUCCAGGUACACCAAUUAUGCCCAGCCCUCAAGAUAGUAGUAAUAGCGGUGGUGAAAAUAUGUAUACCAUGAUGAAACCUGUACCUGGAGGAAAUAUGCCUGGUGACUUUCCAAUGAGCGGUGGGCCAGAAGGUGGUCCGAUGGGUCCUAUGGGACCAAACACAAUGGGUCCUGUGUUGAAUGGUGAUGGCCUUGAUGGAAUGAAAAACAGUCCAGCUAACGGUGGUCCUGGGACACCUCGGGAAGAUAGUGGAAGUGGAAUGGGUGAUUAUAAUCUGGGUGGUUUUGGAGGCCCUGGUGAAAAUGAUCAGACUGAGUCAGCGGCCAUACUCAAGAUCAAGGAAAGCAUGCAGGAAGAGGCGAAGAGGUUUGAAAAGGACUCAGAUCACCCCGAUUAUUAUAUACAAUAACUCGUCACGAGUCGUUGGGCCCUGAGACCAAACUAACGUUUUAAGAAAAACAAAUCGCAAAUCGAUUCCCCUCUUUCUCUCUCUCUCUUUUUCUCUCUCUUCCUUAAAUCCAGAAUUCUCCUCACUGCACUUGUACUCCGCAAUAAUCUCCUUCCUUUCACCAACCCCCCAACCCCCUGCAACUUCGAAUCGAGGUACUGAAAACAGUGUGCAGAGACAAAGGAAAGGAAAAAGUAAGAUAAAUUGAAAAAAGAAAAGGUUAAGCUCCGUGAGAGAAGUGCACGAGAUUUACGUAGAGAUUGUAGAAGCGUUUUCUCCCUUUGCGAAGUGAGGGGGGGCACAUCCCAAGAUUUUUUCAUCCUCAUCCGGAUCACGGAAAGGAUCUAACCAUUUAAAGUAAGAGAGCACCGUUUCAUGUAAAAUCUUUCGUAACUUCGCGUUGACGUACAUUCUUCAAAAUGUCUCCAUAUAAUAUACACGAUCAUCUUAAAUCAUUGUCAAUCGAUGAUACUCACCGUUUUUGUAAGUGAGCACGGGCUCAAGAUGUUUCGAGCGUCCUCGAGUAUGCUCUCUAAGAUUACGAAAUCUAUUACGUUCCAACAUACUCGAAUGUUUCUCAUUUCGAGCAAUACUCACGCUCGAGUUGGAUUUUUCAUGCCGACGAAAAGUCGAAUGCCUAAUUGCUCAUUACCGUCUGCAAUUCAUACAAGUGGACCCGUUUCGACGUCGUCUUUUCUUUUCUUUUUUUUUUUUCCCCCUUAUAAACUCCUACGUCGUCUCCUUCUUUCUUAGGGAACCUGAUUUUGUUUCCGGAAAUAAGAACAGGAAAAUAAUAAGUGCUUCCUUAUUGACCCUAACUUAAAAGAAAAGUAUAUUUUUUGUACAGUUCGAGAAACGGUUCAAGAGGUACAUGUGAUGUUUUUAUAUAUGAAAGUAGUAGUCAUCUCUCCUCUUCUCUCUGUCCCUUUCUUCGAACCCUUCGGUUUUUAUUUACACGUUUUUAUGGAGUAUACUUGAGUGACGUUUCAUCGGUUUCCUACAUCGUCUGUGCACAGCGAAUAGUUUCAGUGUAUAAAAUUAUUAAAAAAAACAUAAGUAACUGUGAUAAGAUAGCGUUUUAAAUGAAACAUUACACAACAUACUUAUACUAUCGUAUAUCCGUUCGAAGGUAGAAUAACAAACAAUCGUAGUACACACAUCGAGUGUAGGCUCGAGUGAACACCACUUUUAUACGUACGUUCUGUACUGAUUUCAAUUAAUAUCGAUACAAAUGUUGGUUCCAUACGUUGACGAAACGAUUCCUCUAUUUUCAUUCGAACAAUCGAAACUUUUCGCAUGCGCCUUCUGCGAAACUGUUCUCGAAACGAGAUCGAUCGAUACGGAUAUCUUUGAUACGACAAACUUCAUGAUUCUGUUUGAAAAGAAAACCUAUCGUCACUUUAACGUAAUAAGUUUUGAGAUGAUACAUUAUUGAGAGCUAUAGCUUGGGUCGUGUUACAAAUAAAAAGAUUUUAUAAUUUCUAUUCAAAAUAAGAUCUUUUCACAAAAUGUCAUCUACGUUUUGUUGUAACAAUUUCAAAUCUUAUAACAUCGUUUAAAACUUUAUAAUAUACGUUGUACGUAUAUGGUGAAAUAUUUGUAGACGUAAAUGCUUGUUAAAUUUUUUUUUUUUUUUUUUUUUUUUUUUUUGGAACGAUCGAUCGAUCCCGCGUAAGAUUGUACGUCAGCGCAGCAAUUUGCGAGUAUUGGUAGCAUAAUACCUGUACUCGUUAUUGUGGCAUCGUUCUACGGUCGAUCUGUCGGCUAUUCCUUCCGAGAAAAGAAGCAUCGAUAUCUUCCAUGAAGUUAUAUACAUACAUAUACCCGAGAAAAGAUCCACGAGAACGCAACGCCUUUGUGCUCUUUUUCUGUCAAUACAAAGAAUGCGAUUUUAAAAGGGGUCCCGAUAGAUGCUAGUGUUAGAGUGGUCAAUGGUAUCGAUAUUAUCGUGUGCGUGAGACGAAGAAAAAGUGACUUCUUAAUUUAUUUACAAGAGGGAGUAAGAAACUAGGUACGUUAGGUUUAUCGAUCGUUCAACGUGCUCUGUGUAUAGUAUGUACAAUAGUGCCACGUUAACUAACCAAGAUUUUGCUUCGUCAACUGCCCGUCGCCUAUCCUCACCGAUUCUCGAAACUGAUAUUAUCGAGAAGAGUUUGGUGCUCCUCAAUACUCUUAAAAUUCGAAUCACAACGAAUAAGAUUCGAUAACCUAACCUCGUGAAAGCGUUGUAAAUCGUUCCCGUAAAUGCAUUUUUGUUACCUCGACUGGUUUUUUUUUUUUAAUUGACCGUUUAGAUUAAGGCAUUUAAAAUGCUUGUGAAAUAUCGACUACGCGCCAAGCUUUCAAGAUUUAUCAAAAUAUCCAAGACCGACGAGACUUCUAAGACUUAAAAAACACCCGAAUUUUAGGGCAUCGAAUCCUAUUUGAGGUUAUUCCAAUCUUUCAUUACGUGCAUGCAUUUGACGCGAUUUGAUGUGCUUGACAACUUAUCACAGGUUUCUGGUAUUACUUACGUAAAAUAAAUCAGUGUAUGUAUCAGGUUUCCAUAUCUCAUUUGUAGAGAAGAGAGAUUCUCGAAAUAUCCUAGGCAUAUACCUCUUUCGAUAACUGAUCAGCUAAAAUGUCGAGCCGCGGGCAAUUAGCGAAGCACUACUGUACAUAGCAAGGCGGGAACGUGCGAAACGAUAUGAUAUCGAGUGUCGAAAAAUUGACUAAUGCGAUGCAACGUCAAGCGAUUGCAUCGAUAGCGUUGUUCACAUCGGUACAUUUGCGUUUAGGGAGGACUUCACGGGCAUUGUUAACAGUUGCACAGACGUUGCAGUCUCGAUUGUGUUGUGCACAAUUGGAUCAAAUCUUUAUUUAACUCGAGAAGCGCACAGUACUGAAAGGCUGCAAUAACAUUAUUUCGAAAAAAGAAAUCGAACACUCGGUUAUUAGGGAAUUCGCGAGAAUUCGCUUGUAUUAUCUGUGUCCGAACGAGGGGAACCCGACGAAACGGUUCUCGAGAGAACGCAUUGUUAAAACUCCCCCUAGGACUUAAUCCGAUAUGGUGGGAAUCCGGCCAGUGUGCGUCGAUAGUACACGCGAAACGAACUUUCAUUCGAGACGAUCGUCGUUUGUCGAUUACGGAUAAAAAACAAGUUAUAUGUAACUGCCAAUGGAAUUUGUUCUUUUUUCCUUUCUUUCCUAUAGAUUUCAUUCUUUUACCAUUGAAUUUUUCAGUAUUCGCAAUAGCAACGUUACGUUCACGUUGAAUGAAGGUGCUUACUGUUGAUGAAACAUAUACAGGGAGGUAAUAAAAUCAGUCAAGUCUUAACAAGGUGAAACAAUAAUUCGACAUGGAUGAAUGUAGAACUGUUUCUUGUUCCUAAUAUAUAUCGCAGACACAGUUUAGAUACCGCUGCGUUAUUUAUUACAUAAAUAUUUUUUAUCAGAUCCGGUUUUACGACGAUGAAUAGAUAACGAUUAAGUAAUCCUUAAAUUGGUAAUUAUUAAUUACUAAUUAUUAAUUAGUUAAAGAUUUAUUAACAAUUACGGCCUCGCUAUAUCUCUUUCAUCGACUAUGCAUUCGGUACAUAGGCGAGUUAAUUCUUUUUAUCACAUAUAGUAUCGUGUUUGUCGCUUGAUAAAAAGCGACAUUCGCAAAUAUGAAGCUGCGUAAAAGCAGCGAAUUGCGCAACGGACAAACGUGAACGUAACUAUAUAACAGGAUGGAACAGGAAUUAACUUGUUGUUUGAAAUCCGAUCCUCAUUCGAUGGAAUAAUCCUGGUCACCGUAGAAUCACGAUAAAGUACGAUCGUAACUCGUCCAAAGGGUAAAGAAAAUUGAAUAAAGUGUAUAAAUUUUACGUUCGCCUGUUUAUCUCCUAGUUCGUGCCUCAAAUCUGGGAAUGGCGGCGUGUAUAUACACACACGUGUAUACUAUUCCGGCGUAAUUAAAUAUAAAUGUAUAAGUUGUACAAAAUGUCGAGUGCAAUUCGGAUUAAAAUAACAUAUACAGCGGAAUACGGUGUUCCUGCUAAUUGCGCGAAACAUCAAAACUGUAUUGACAUCCGCCCUUUUAUCGUUAAGAAAUUUUUGAAUUCGGGUAAAUAUAUUUUGUUAUCAUCUGUGUGUAUUGUUACAGCUGGGCGAAAGAAUUUCAUGGCAAAGCGGAAGAAUGGAAAAGUUGAUGGAUUAUAUAUGGUGAUAUUUUUUUACCCGAAUUUAAAGAUACGACACGUUCGGAUCUCAAUACUUUUCGGAACGUUUCGCGCGUCUACUUUUAAUGUAUAUUUAAUUUUUUUAUGGGGAUCAUUUUUUGUAUGGUCACCAAAAAUUUACGAGGUUUUUUUGAUUUUUCUGUUAUUUCGUUCGUCGUCCAUAGCGAUUCGUUCCAACGAAAUAGCAAACGAUUUUUUUUCUUUUAUGGAAUAGAUAAGUAUUAUGAUCAAAAUUUUAAUGUAAAAAAAAAUUUAGAGGGAUGUGUUGCGUUAAAUGUAGACCAAAAACUUUCAGACGAAAGAAGUAUAUAGUUUGUAUUUGAUCGUUUUUAGCGCAGAAUAAGUUGUAAAAGAUCACGAGUUUAAUCGAUAUGUCGAGAGGAUAUAUAUAAGAAAAGAUAUUUGUAUAUUGUUUAAAAUGAGAGUUGAACUUGCCGUGAUUAGAGAAGAAGUAAGAGGAAAAGAAAGAAAUGAUAUCUCGUGUACUAUUAUUGCGCGUUACGAUUUCGUAAGAUAAUUAGGAAUUUAUAAUAAGUAAGGGUGUUAGGUUGGCAGGAAAACAGUGAUCGAGUAAUUUUUAAAAACGUAUUAAAA